ACAGCGCCACAAGCUUGAAUUUCACGACUUUCACGGCUAGAUUCCGAGUUCGAUAAGAAAAACUGAUUCCAAUUAAAUUUGAAAAUUGAAUCUAAUUUGAUAAUUACGUUGUGCGCUUAAAUUCAUUGUAUAAUUGCUUCAGAAUGAAGUAUAAAAUCAAUAAUAACGACAGCAAAGGUGCUGUAAGCUGGAUUGGCAAGCAGUACGAACCCGUUCUUGAAGAUGAUCUUGAGAGAUUAUUCCGUUGCAAGAUGGCUGUGUUCUACAAGAAAUGCAUUUUUGGAGCGUUAACACUUGAGGUUGGCAAUUACGUGUUGAUUUCCAAUAUGGACAGCGCAGAGCCGGACACGGUGUCCGGAUGCGAUGUCGCUCGCAUAGAGCACAUGUACGAACUUUUAACAAACGAUUCCACAGUCGAUACAUGUUGGGCUAUUGUCCAAUGGUUUUCACGCCCUAGCGGCCUGCCAACUAAAAUUAUCAGUGACGAAAAUUUCACGUUUGACUUCGAGCAGGAAGUCAUUCAAGAUUCUCGUUUCGAUCCGAUUGUGUCCCUCGAAACUAUAUUUGGACUGUGUCGAGUUCAGGUAGCUCCGACUGAUGCUAUUGCCUCUGAUGUGGUAUCAAAGAUAAAGACUAAAAUACCCACAUAUGUGGUUCGUUACCAACUCGAACAAAUUCCUGGAUCACGUAAAGUAGAACUGAAAUCAAUUGAAAACUCCGCAGUUCAGACAACUCCGAGAAAAAGAAAAUCACUCGCUGAUCGAACAAAUUCAUCUCAUGUGAAGAACGAAACAGAAAGUGUUCAAAAGACCCCCAAACUUAGACUGACACGGUCUAAAUCAAUUGAAUUCUGUGAUGUUGAUCAUUUGGACGACGAUGAAAUUCGUAUUGCACAAAAGGUUCUCAACGAAGAGAAAUGGAUUGUUAAAGUUGUGGAUAGCGCCAAUAAAUCGUUAAUUAAAAAGAUUGACCAAGUGACCGAAGGAUUGAGUGACGUAGGUUUAAGCGACGACGAAAAUGUCUCACCCUUAAAAAUAGCAAAAAUAAAUAGAAGUCGAAGGAAAACCGGAAGCUUCAGAAGAAAUUUGAACGAUAGUCUCCGUUGUGAAUCACCAUGCUCUGAAGCUGGAACUUUGAACUAUUCAAUUGUUGAGGAGGAAACGAAAGGUACCCCGAAUAUGAAAAUAAAAUUACGUCUAUCGACGGCUCAGAAAAAUGAAACUGAUACGCCCACAAGAAGAUCUGCAAGAAAACGCUCAACAUACCAAGAAGUGAAUGAGACAGAAAACGAAACAUCGCCCAGAAAAACUAGAAAAUCAACGAUGUUCGAAGAAGAGGUUCCACAAACACCAAUUUCUAGAUCAAGACGCAAAAGUAUCCUUAAAACACCGAGUUCAAAAUUGGUUGAAACAAUAUCAACUCCCAAACGGAAUAUACAGCUCUCGAACAUAGUUGAAGAAUUUGCAGAAGGUCGAAGAACCUCUAGAAGAAUAGACAUGGUUCUUACAAAAAACAUACAAGAUUCUGAAGAACCUAAAACUCCUAAAUCUAGAGGACGCAGUGCGGUGGAAAAAGCUGCAACACCCAAAAGUAGUGCAAAAUUAAAAAUGAUUCGAUCAGGUGCUAUCAAACCUAGUAUUCAUCAGAGAAAUGUUCCUGUCGACACCCCUGUAGAUGACCAACUAGCGGUGGCUCGUGAAAGACUACAUGUAUCAGCCGUACCACAGAGUUUACCCUGUCGCGAAAAGGAGUAUAAUGAAAUUUACAGUUUCCUAGAAGGGAAAAUUAUCGACAGUUGUGGUGGUUGUAUGUACAUUUCAGGAGUGCCUGGUACAGGUAAAACUGCUACAACUACAGCCGUUAUUCGUUCAUUACAAGCACUGGCGAAAGAAGAGGAGAUUUCAAAGUUUGAAUUCGUAGAAAUCAAUGGGAUGCGAUUGACUGAACCUCGUCAAGCCUAUGUGCAUAUAUAUCGCCAGUUGACAGGGAAAACUCUAGCAUGGGAGCAGGCUUAUAAUUUGUUAGAUAAACGCUUCACUACCAAGUCACCACGCAGAGUCACAACCGUGAUAUUAGUGGACGAAUUGGAUAUUCUUUGCAAUAAACGGCAAGACGUGGUUUACAAUUUGCUGAACUGGCCAACAACAAGUACAGCUCAGCUGGUAGUGAUAACUAUCGCCAACACCAUGGAUUUACCAGAGCGUUUACUUAUGGGAAAAAUAUCCUCUCGACUGGGCCUCACUCGGUUGACUUUUCAGCCGUACAACUUUAGGCAGUUGCAAGAAAUAGUGCUGGCUCGCUUGACGGGCACAUCUGCGUUCGAUGCAGAGGCUGUUCAACUUGCAGCUCGUAAAGUAGCAGCCGUUUCUGGAGAUGCUCGACGGGCGUUGGACAUUUGUCGCCGGGCCACAGAACUGGCAGAUGAUCAAGCCAGAAAGCGUGGCCAAUUUGUUAGUGUCUCUAUGUUGCACGUGCAACAGGCUUUAGGCGAAAUGAUUGCCAGCGCAAAAGUUCAAACUAUUAGAAGUUGUUCUCGCAUGGAAAAACUCUUUCUUCAGGCAGUUUCUGCAGAGGUUGCCCGUACUGGUAUCGAAGAAUGCAGCUUCUUGGGUGUUUACUCACAGUUCGAAUCGCUUGCAGCAUUUGCUGGCGUUACAGUUCCUAACCCCGGUCGAGCCAUAGCUUUAUGUAGUCGUUUGGGUGCCUCAAGGCUACUGAUAUGUGAAAACUCACGCAACGACAUUUAUCAAAAAAUUUUACUCAACAUAAGUUCGGAUGACGUUCAUUACGCACUGCAGGCAAGUAGCUUAAUUUAAUUAUACUUUUUUAUUUAUAGGGAUGAUGAUAUAUUACAAUGAACACAUAUAUUUUGUUACAAAUAUUUUAA